CCCUUGAGUAUACUCUUGCUCCAGCCUAGCUUAAACAGCUGUUAAAUAAAUUAUAAAAGCUGUUCAUCAGCCACACAGUAGUCUUCGUAUCACACCGCCAGCAUGGAUGACUCGGGAUUACCACCUAACUGGGAGGUGCGCCACAGCAACUCCAAGAACCUUCCAUACUAUUUCAACGCCAGCGAGAAAGUCUCGCGCUGGGAGCCGCCGGUUGGGACCGACACCGAGAAGUUGAAGCAAUAUAUGGCAACCCACCAUUCUACUUCGUCCCAGACGGCUCCCGUCAGCCACCCCGAGGGCAAAAUCCGUGCCGCCCACCUACUAGUCAAACACCGCGACAGCCGGCGACCUGCGAGCUGGCGCGAGAGCAAUAUUACCCGAACCAAGGAAGAAGCAAUGGCUAUUAUCAAGGGUCAUGAGCAGAAGAUUAAGAGUGGGGCCGUAUCUCUUGGAGAGAUCGCCAUGACUGAGAGCGACUGCAGUUCGGCCAGAAAGAGGGGAGAUUUAGGAUACUUCGGUAAGGGAGACAUGCAAAAGGAAUUCGAGGAGGCUGCUUUCGCACUACAACCUGGCCAGAUGAGUGGUGUUGUGGAAACCGCGAGUGGACUACAUCUAAUCGAAAGGUUAGUUUAAGUCCUUGUGUAUUUUAGGAGUGGGAAAUUUUGCCACCCAGGCGCAUAGCUAGGGCGCAUGGCUGCCUCUUUUAUGAGGCUCACUAAACAUGGUGUUAAAGCACUG